AUGGAUCCAGUCUCUAUUAUCUGGACCAGCACCGAACAAACACCAGACAAGAGGUCACAGGUGCAUCCGGAGCCGUUUGUUGUCUGGGCCAACACAGAGAAGCCAGACGCCUUCAGAGUCAAGACGUUCAAAAAAGUAAAAGGAUCCAGUAAAAGCCUCCCACUGACGGUCAAAGGUUUGUCGGCCUCACAAGACAACUACCUGAAAAGAAUAAUGAAGCUUAAAUCUGUCAUCAAUGUGCAGAUACCAACGGUUUGUCUAUUCGCUAGCAAAGAAGCAUUAAAUGAAGGCCGUGAGUUCAGCAGUGCGCGAUAUAAGCGGCAGGUCGAUGUCGGUUAUCCAUCACAGACAACCGAGCAAACGGAGCACGGAGAUUUAGCCGAGGAGAAACGGACAAGAACAGUGCCUUUUGCCUUUGUGCCCAAGAACUAUGUGCGUUUGGAGGAGAAUGGUAGCCGACAGAAGGCGGAGGAAAAGAAGUCUAAGAGGAAAAAGAAAUACAAUAAAUGCAAAAAGAAUGUGGGGAAGGCUCUGCGCUACAGCUGGAAGUGUCUAAUGUUAGGACUUCAAAACCUGACAGUGGGAUAUUGCAUCCCUUUAACUGCAGCUGGCACAUUCUAUGCAGAAUUCCAAGGAGGAAUGCCCAUGAGUUGACAGAACUGUGCCCUUUUCAUUUAUCGCCACUGUUCAUAAAUGUUCUACUUUUAAUGCUCUAAUUAAAUACAUUAUAUUUGAAAAGAAAAUUGCAUUCAAGUAUUUCAUUGUAUGAGUAAUCUGACCUUUUGUGCCUUGUUUAUGUGAUUAAAAUAAGAAUGUUGUUGUUG